AGGUGGGCCCCGGCAAGGCCCCCGCCCCCUCCUCCUCCCGCCCCGGGGCCGCCAGCAGCGGCUCCCGGGUCGGGGCGGGUGGGGCCAAGAAGGAGGCGGCGGCGGCGGGGGGCAAGAAGGCGGGCGGGAAGAAGGAGGCCGCAGCGGUUCCGGAGCAGCAGCAGCAGCAGCCCGCAGCUGCAGCAGGGCCCCCGGUGGAGAGCGAGGAGGAGGCGCUGGCGAGGGCGGCGGCGCAGGCGGAGCUGGAGUCCCGCGCCGCUGCCGAGAUGGAGGCGCUGCGUGCGGCUGCCUGGCGGGCGCAGGUGGAGUGCGAGCGGCGGCAGGAGGCCAAGAGGCGGCAGCAGCGGGAGGAGGAGGCGAGGAAGAAGAAGGAGGAGGCGGCCCUGCGCAAGGCGCUGCUGGAGGCGGCCUACGAGGGCGAGGAGGGG